CAGUGCAGUAGGUGGGGCCUAAAAGUAAUCGGAGGCAGAGUGCCAGAUCACUCUCGUCCUCGCUCUACGGUUGUUGUGAACGAUGUUAUCGCAGCAUUCGAAGAGCGAACAGAAUUCGCAAGAUUCGAAUCGAGGAAGUGGGGUGAUUGCAGAACUACUGUGCAAUUCUAAAGCUCCUUGACGCCAUACCGCGACCCGAGCGAGAAGAAUGACUCCCCGGAGAGUGUUCGCGCUACCCAGGCAGCAAUCCCUGUUUCUACCCGCCGUCCUUAAUCCUUUUGUGCAGGAGGUGAAAUUGGCCAAGGCUGACAUUAUCAAAUGUGUAUUCCGGGGAAUCUUCCUGGUGCCUAUCCGUGCCAUCUUCCUGACUCUGGUUCUCGUGGUAACAUGGCCUGUUGCUGUCAUAAUAACAUUCUUGCACCCUCUUAAAGGAGCGGUGGCGCCCAUGACCGGAUGGAGACGGUUCAUGUGUCGGCGUGUGAUGGCGUUCCUGGGGAGGUCCUACUACUUCUUCAUGGGCUUCAGGGUGGUGGUGAAGGGCCAGCAGGUGAGCAGUGCAGAGGCCCCCAUUCUGGCUGUGGCCCCACACUCCACCUUCUUUGAUGGCAUUGUGUGCAUCGUAGCAGGCCUGCCCUCCACUGUGUCCCGCACUGAGAACCUCGCCACUCCUAUAUUCGGCAGGUUUGUGCGGUGUCUCCAGCCGGUGCUGGUCUCCAGACAGGACCCAGACUCUCGUAAGAACACCAUUAUGGAGAUAGACAGCAGAGCCAAGUCUGGAGGCCGCUGGCCACAGAUCCUGGUCUUCCCUGAGGGGACUUGUACAAAUCGCUCAUGUCUCAUCACUUUCAAACAAGGUGCCUUCGUCCCUGGGGUCCCGGUGCAGCCUGUGGUCAUGAGAUAUCCCAACAGACUGGACACUGUGACUUGGACUUGGCAAGGCUUCAGCUCGAAAACCCUGCUGCUUCUCACUCUGUCUCAGCUCUACACCAAUGUAGAGAUAGAGUUUCUUCCUCCAGUUACCCCUACUGAGGAGGAAAAGAAAAGACCUGUGCUGUUCGCCAGGACAGUACGAAAUGUUAUGGCCCAGGCKCUGGGUGUGCCAGUGACGGACCACACAUAUGAGGACUGUAGACUGAUGAUCUCAGCUGGGGAGCUCACCCUGCCAAUGGAGGCUGGUCUAGUGGAGUUCACUAAGAUCAGCCAAAAACUUGACCUGAAGUGGGACAACGUGAAGAAGGAGCUGGAGGGCUUUGCAGCCGUGGCCUGCUCCUGUAAAGGAGGCCGCAUCACCAUCCAGGAGUUCGCCAGCUUCCUCAAGCUGCCCAUCAGCCCCGRCCUGCAGGAGCUGUUUGCUCUCUUUGACAGGGAUGGAGAUGGCACCAUUGACUUCAGAGAGUAUGUCAUCGGUGUAACCAUCUUAUGUCGGCCAGCUAACACCGAAGAGGUCCUCCGCACAGCUUUCCAGCUGUUUGACACUGACGAGGACCAAAGAAUCACGCAUGAAGAGUUCUCCUCCAUGCUUCGCUCUGCUCUAGGCGUYUGUGACCUCAACGUCUCCAAACUCUUUAAGGAGAUAGAUACAGACAGCUCUGAAUUCAUCACUUUCUUAUGUAAAUGACCUGGAUACCCUUCUGAGAUGACUGUAUCCUGUACUCUUUAAUAUGUCUACCUGUUCACCUCUGUUUUCUACAGAGUUUCCUUGAAGAUAACUGGAAAGGCUGCCAAACGUUGCUUUUGUAUGAGUUGAAAGUCUUUAAUGUAUGACUGGAUUGCAGAAAACAUCAUUAAUACCCGCUUUUUCUAAUGAUAUCAAUCCAAUCUGGCAACCCAGCAAAGGAGCAAUAAUACAAGCUAUAAGGAUACAUGCUGUGCUUGACAGUUUUUCCACUGCUCAGGGACACACUGUAAGUAGUGCUGCUGUAUAAUUAGCUAAGGCUUUUGCUUUGCAUCUGUUUUCUAUUUGCAUUUCCAUUGAAGAGUGAUGUUGCUGAGGCAGCAGUGGAACCUUAUGGCUUUAGCCAAACUAAAGCCCGAGCAUCUACUGGAAAAUAAGGCAAUUUGUGAGCAAAAAGGCAAGUAUGCCUAGUAAUACAUACCCCCUGGAAUACACUGUUGUAUGGUUUCAAGUUAACUAGCGUGCAUUGUUAUUUAUUUAGCAGAGCGCGUUGUUGCAAUUAUGUUAAUUUUUGUGAACACAGCAAACWUUCUUUUUUUGCAAUAAAAUCCAAUAAAAACUC